AUGCUACCCGGCAUCCGCAUGAAGAGAAAUGGGAAAAAAGUAGCCUUGGUUGUAGGAGGCUCAAGAGGCAUCGGUCGUCAAAUUGCCAUUGAUCUUGCCAAGAGUGAUUACUAUGUUGUGGUCGUUGCAAAAACCACUUCAGAUGCUUACAAAACCGAUCCAUUCCCCCCUGAUCCGAACUCAUCCCAAUCUACGAUCAACACAGUCGUCCGAGAGAUCAAGGAAGCUGGAGAUGAUGCGCUCGCGUUGCCCGUUGACGUUCGGGACCCCGCCAGUGUAGCUAAUAUCGUUGAUGAGACUGUGAGGCAACUUGGAUCAUUGGAUGUGCUGGUGUAUAAUUCAGGUGCCAUCUGGUGGGCGUCUGUGGAGGAUACGCCAAUGAAGAGAUUCCAGCUGAUGCAGCGCGUCAACCUUGAAGGUCUGUACGGCUCCAUACAAGCUGCAUUCCCGCAUUGGAAAAGGCAAGGCUGGAAUGCACGAAUUGUCGUCGUUUCGCCUCCGAUAUACUCACGAUUCUUUCGUGGCAAGACCGCUUAUGCCGUGGGCAAGGUCGGAAUGAGCGUAUUGACGAAAGGCCUGGCCAUGGAUUUUGUCAGGCAGGGACGAACGGAUAUGGCUAUCACUAGCAUAUGGCCAGCUUCGGCAAUCGAAUCAGCGGCCACUAGGAAGCACCGUGAUCCUUCCGUACAACAAGAUCUGAGAAGACCGACCAUCUUCUCCGAUGCUAUCCUAGCGAUGCUGAAAGCUCCACCGGGAGAGGUCAACGGGCUCAUCGACACUGACGAAGACUUUCUCCGCAAACGGGACGUCACAGAUUUCUCGAAGUACUCCGUAGUACCGGGUUCGACACCAAGGCGAAUUAUGCCUGCCGAGUUUCCAAAGCUGGAAGUGGCCGAACAGGAUGAUGAAGGCCAGAGAAUGGAUAGUACUAAGCUCACCAAGUCUAAGCUUUGA